UAUUCUUGCCUGGACAGAGUGACUGGGGAUGGAGGAAGUGAAAGUGUCUGCCUGCAUAAAUAGGCAAUAGUCCGGUCCUAGCCGGCACACGGACCCCCAGCUUGCAGCGGUCCGCCUCGCCCACUGCUCUGGCCUCACACUCACCCACCACCACAGCCAUGGCUCAGUCACUGGCUCUGAGCCUCCUUGUCGUGGUCCUGGCCUUCUGCAUCCCCUGGACCCAAGGCAGUGACGGAGGGGCACAGGACUGUUGCCUCAAGUACAGCCUGAGGAAGAUUCCCGCCCGGGUUGUCCGCAGCUACCGGAAGCAGGAGCCAAGUUUGGGCUGCCCCAUCCCGGCCAUCCUGUUCUCACCUCGGAAGCGCUCUCAACCAGAGCUGUGUGCAGACCCUAAAGAGACCUGGGUGCAGCAGCUGAUGCAGCGUCUGGACCAGCCACCGGCCCCACAGAAACAAGUCCAGGGCUGUAAGAAGGACAAGGGGGCUCCCAAGUCUGGCAAGAAGGGAAAGGGCUCCAAAGGCUGUAAGAGGACUGAACAGCCACAGACCCCAAAAGGGUCCAUAGCCCAGUGACCAGCCUGGAGCCCAGGAGGCCCCCACCAGCCUCACCAGGGCUUGGAGCCCUGAUCCAAGGAGCAAGAAGUGGGCUAGGAGAAAGGGUGGACUCAGGGGCCCUAGGGGCCCCGGAGCAACCACCUCAUGCUGGCCUUGCCCCACCCCUUCUCCUGCUUCAACCAUCCCUUCUGUAUUCCCAGCCCUACCCCGCAUGGCUGAGUUGCCCACACCAGGCCAGGCCCAGAAAGGCAGCGGAGGGAUAGUCCCCCAGAAAGAGUGAGAGGAGGCAGCAGGGCUGUCCCCUCUGAGGAAAGGUCACCCAAGACCCUCUGGACCUGACCCUGCUCCCACUGCACCCACUGCUUCCUCGUAAACAUGAUUUAUACCUAACAAUAAAAACCUGUUCCAGUCUCCCACCCAAA